AUGUCUGACAAUGACUCUAAGCCAGCAUCUAUCCCCGCGUGGCAGAGAACUAAACCGACCGAUGAGUCGCCAUCGCCGAGCUCCGAUGAUGCGCCCGCAACUACAACACCCCGACAAGUCCUCUUAGAUCAAGCGUCAAAAUUCCUAGAGGACGAAUCAAUCCGUGAUGCUCCACAGGAGCGCAAGGUUGCCUUCCUCGAGUCUAAAGGUCUUAACUCAGAAGAUAUCCAGCAAGUCCUCGGCGUCUCCCGAAAUGCGGAGGCGAGCUCACCCUCGACCGAUGCCAAAUCUGAACCCGAACCCACUCCAGCCCAAGAGAAUACUUCUGUAGCUGCCUCCUCGUCAACAGUCAAUAAAAUGCCACAACAACGCACCACACCUGCGCCCACACCCGCACCCGCGCCCAGCGCACGCGAUGUCCCCCCAAUAAUCACCUAUCCAGAGUUCCUUUUCGAGCAAUCUAAACCACCACCUUUGGUCACAAUGCAGAACCUCAUGUACACAUUGUACGGCGCAGUGGGGCUGGGGGCAAGUCUGUAUGGAGCGAGCGAGUACAUCGUGAAGCCCAUGCUAGCAAGCUUAACGAGCGCACGGCACGAGCUAGCCAGCACAGCAGAGGAGAAUCUCCAAAAGCUCAACAGCAAGCUUGAACAGACUGUCUCUGUGAUUCCACCGCAGCUCACAGCACGCAAACCAUACGAGUCAGAUGAUGACUCCGUCACCUCAGAUCCAACCGAGCUCUUCCAUCGGGACAUGGCGACGCAGACUAGUCCCGAGCAUGCCUUGCCAGCUGGUGUUGUGAACUCAGCCGAUGUGAUUACCCCGACUACGAAAGUCAAUGAUCAUGUUAGUCGCUUUGAGUCGAUUACUUCACAGUUGCGUGGGAUUGUCGAGUCUGAGAAUGAUGCUAGUGCGUUGGAUGAUACUAUGCGGACUGGACUGACAGAGUUGCAUCAUUACUGUGAUACUUUGAUUUACAGUGCGCCUGCUUACUCUUCCGGGUCGACCUAUGGUGUGUGGAAUUCUAAUACUGGAGCCAAUGACAAUUCCGGCUUGCGGAAGGGAGAGGAUGAGGCAAUCGCUGGGUUCCGUGCGGAUAUCCGAGGUGUCAAGGGUGCGUUACUGAGUGCUCGGAAUUUCCCUGCGAGUCGAGGAGGUAGACUUGGUGGACUCCCGGUUGGAAGACGGUGA